AUGAAGGGACUCAUCGUUAGCGCUGCCAUCGUUGGCGGAGCCAUGGCCCAAGCUGGCCCUUACAUGCCCUGCGGUGGCAAGGGAUGGACCGGCGAGACGACCUGUGUAUCUGGAUACACCUGUGUUGCUCAGAACGACUACUACAGCCAAUGCGUCCAAGGCGGCGCCAACGCCGGUGGUGUCAGCGCGCAGCAGGCCACCACUAUGAGAACAUCGACAAGACGAAGCUGUAAGUCGAAGACCGCCGGAUCCGACAACAAGAGCGCCGUUGUGCCGCAGGUUUCCACAAAUAUCGCUCCCGCGAAGCCGACUAUCUCUUCCGCUGUUGCCGCUGAAUCUUCCACUCAGCCUGUUGACACCCAAUUAGCCCAGCCGACUUCCGCUUCCGCCUCCAGCAGUCAAGCUCCGGUCAAGUCAGAGGCUGCUGAGGCCAUUGCCUCCUCCGUUGCUGCCAAGCCGUCCACCUCUGCACCGCCUCAGGUCACUACUUCUAAGGCCGCUGCCACCUCCGCAGCCCCGGCUACGUCGGCGAAGUCAGCCUCUGCCCCGGCUGCCUCCGCCUCCACCUCUCCUGGCAAGUCCGGCAAGUUUAAGUGGCUCGGUUCGAACGAGUCUGGUGCAGAAUUCGGCGAGGGCAACCUCCCUGGUGUUCUUGGCAAAGACUACACUUUCCCGGACACCGCCAAGAUCGACACUUUGAUCAGCCAGGGCUACAACACCUUCCGUCUGAACUUCCGCAUGGAACGUGUCGCUCCUGAUGGCCUCACUGGCAAGUUCAACACCGACUACGUCUCCGGUCUGACGAAGGUUGUCAACCACAUCACCGCUGCUGGCGCCAAUGUCGCUCUCGACCCCCACAACUACGGCCGCUUUUCUGGCAACAUCAUCACCGACACAGCCGCGUUCAAGACCUUCUUCACCAACUGGGCCAACGAGUUCAAGUCCAACGACAAGGUUAUUUUCGAUACCAACAACGAGUACAAUUCGAUGGACCAAGACCUCGUCCUCAAGCUGAACCAAGCUGCCAUCGAUGGUAUCCGAAGCACCGGAGCCGAGAACUGGAUUUGGGCGGAGGGCAACUCCUGGAGCGGCGCCCACAGCUGGACCAGCGUCAACGACAACAUGAAGGGUCUCACUGAUCCGCUUGACAAGACCGCCUAUGAAAUGCAUCAGUACCUCGACGGUGACUCGAGCGGUACUUCAGAGACUUGCACUUCCACGACUAUUGGCGUUGAGCGUGUCAAGGACGCCACUGAGUGGCUCCGUUCUAACGGCAAGGUCGGUGUUCUAGGCGAGUUUGCUGGUGGUGCCAACGAGCAGUGUAAGGAGGCCGUCACUGGACUUCUUGACUACCUUCAGGAGAACAGCGACAUCUGGCUUGGGGGUAUCUGGUGGGCUGCGGGGCCCUGGUGGUCAUCUUACAUGUACAGUUUCGAGCCCGAGACUGGUGCUGGGUACAACUACUACAACGAGGUGCUGAAGAAGUACCAGUAG